CUCUGGUGGCGGAGCCCUGGCACCGACUGACCCUGGUGGUCCGCGCAAGUGGUGGGAACGGCGCUGCCGGCAAGCCACUGGGCAUCGUCGAGGCGUGCGCCGCCGCCAACCCCGCCUGCAACCAGGCCCUGGUCUGCCACCUGCUGGCGCGGAACAGAUAGGCAGGAUGGCAGCCGUGGAUGCGGUGGAGGAGGGCAAGGCCCUGAUCUCGGAGCUGUGCAGCAAUUUGUAUGCCCAGGGCCAUGUGAGCGGCACUGGAGGCGGCAUCUCGGUCAAAGUAGCGACCACAGUGGGCGAUUUCAUCGUCAUGGCACCCAGUGGGGUCCAGAAGGAGCGCAUGCGGGCCGAAGACAUGUUUGUGCUGGAUGGCGCAGGCGUGGUGGUGCACACGCCCGCAGCACGUCCACCCCCGUACAAGCCGCCCAAGCUGUCGGAGUGCGCCCCGCUCUUCAUGGCGGCAUAUGAGCUGCGUGGCGCCGGCGCCGUGCUGCACGGCCACUCCAUGAAUGCCUUUCUGGCCACGCUGCUGGACCCUGAAGCCAGCGAGCUGCGACUGACACACAUCGAGAUGAUAAAGGGCAUUGCGGGCCAGGCGCGUGGGAGCAGCGCAGCAUCGAAGUGCCUGGAAAACAGCAGCAGGACGGCCAGGGCAGCAGCUGAGUCACAGGGCUUUUACAGCUUACAUGCGGUGCCUAUCAUUGAGAACACGGCUCGUGAAUGCGAGCUCACUGACCGGCUUCGUGCGGCGAUUGAAGCGUACCCGCAGGCCAAUGCGGUGCUGGUGCGGAGGCACGGCGUCUAUGUGUGGGGCAAGAACUGGAUUGAGGCCAAGACGCAGUUUGAGUGCUAUGACUAUCUGUUUGAGGCAGCGGUGAAGAUGCGGCAGCUCGGCAAGGAUGCCGGCCGUGCUCCGUCAGCCCCUGCGCUCGCUAAUGGACAUGCCCCAAAUGGGGUGCAGAACGCAAAGAAGCCACGGCUGGACGGCGGCCCUCCCUCGCUGGCCAAUGGCAGCGCUCGGCUGCCCACCGCCAUUGUUGCAGACAUCGAGGGAACCAUUGCAAGCAUCAGCUAUGUGACAGACAUUCUCUUCCCCUAUGCCCAACAGCGCCUCGGGUCCCACCUGGAGGCCACCUAUGACAGUGCUGAGACGCAGGAGGACCUGGCGCUGCUGAGGCAGCAGGCGCAAGCCGACUCGGCUGCUGGCAUGGCGGUGCCUGCAAUCCCAGAUCCCAGCACGGGGCGCGAGGCUGUGAUUGCCGCCGCGGUGGCCAACUGCGAAGCGCAAAUGCAAGCCGACCGCAAGACCACUGCGCUCAAGAGCCUGCAGGGCCACAUUUGGGCAGGCGGCUUUGCACGGGGCGAGCUGAAGGGCGAGCUCUUCGCCGACGUGCCGGACGCAUUGGCGCAUUGGCGUGCCGCAGGCAUCAAGACAUACAUCUACAGCAGCGGCAGUCGUGCGGCACAGAAGGACCUGCUGAGCUGCACCUCUGUAGGCGACCUGCGUCCCUACCUUGCCGGCUUCUUUGACACCACCUCGGGCCCCAAGGCACGUGCCGUGGACAGCAGCAGCUACAGAAACAUUGCGCUGUCCCUGGGCGUGGACAGUCCCUCAGAGCUGCUGUUCGCCACGGACAACAUCCUGGAGGCGGAGGCGGCUGCAGCAGCGGGGUGGCAAGUUGUCUUGGCGGAUCGGCCCGGGAACAAGCCACUGCCCGUGGGUCACAAGUUUGCGGUGGCCACCUCGGCGCACCAGUUUUUGAAUGGCUUCCAUUGA